CCUCAACUUCCGGUGGGGUUUCCUCCCGCUGCAGGAGCCGGGGCAGAGAGUGUGAGCGGUAACUGGGGCGAUGGCGGCCCGGCCCAAGAAGCGCAGAGUGACGGCGACGGCGGAGGAGGAGGAGGAGGCGGUGGAACGGCGGCUGGAGGAGCUGCUGUUCGGGGGCGAGGAGGCGCUGGUGGAGCGGCUGCAGCUUGGACAGCAGACAAAUAUAGGCAAAUCCUUGCUGGACGAUGAUUCCAGUGAUUCUGAAGUGGAAAAUGAAGCCAAAUCCGAUUUUCCUGUGUCCAAGAAAGCUGUGUGGGUGGAUGAAGAGGAUGAAGCAGAAGAACUUGUGGAUAUGACUCAUCGGUUCCGGAAAGGUCUACUGAAAAACACCACGGAGAAGGCUCUUAGUGUGGGGCAGUUGCAGCAGAGACUGAAGGAACAAUUCCAGGCUGCAAUGGGUGGAACGCCAUCCUGGGCAGAGAACAAAGAGAAAAAGAGAAGGAAAGACAAGAAAAAUGUGGAGGAUGAAAGUGAUGAAGAUGAAGAUUUGUUGCAGAAAACUGGCAAUUUUGUGACGCGCUCUGACUCUCUUCCCAAAGGCUUGUUACAGAUAAAGCAUUGUAAAGAUGCCAACUACACCAGACAGUCAAAUGUAAAGCUAACAGCAUCACAGUUCCAUCCAGCUGCUCAAGUCAUCAUGACUGCUGGGCUUGAUCAGUCCAUCGCACUCUUUCAGGUUGAUGAAAAGACAAACCCCAAGAUACAGAGUAUUUACCUGGAGCGGUUUCCCGUGUACAAAGCUCGCUUCAGUGCAGAUGGAGAGCAGGUUAUUGCCACUGGCAUCCGCAGCAAGAUGUUCUAUGUAUACAAUAUGAUGGCUGGGAAAAUCAUUCCUGUCUACAGUGUCCGAGGUUUAGAGGAAAGGAAGGUUAAAGAGUUUGAAGUUUCACCAGAUGGCUUGUUUCUGCUGCUCCUUGGGACUUCAGGGUAUCUGCACCUUCUCUCCAUGAAGACAAAGGAAUUGGUGGGUAGUAUGAAAAUUAAUGGAAAGGCAGUCGCAGCCACCUUCUCUCCUGAUGGGAGUACAAUCUACACGCAUUCUGAUGACGGAGCAGUUUAUAUUUGGGAUGUGAAGAGUAGGAAGUGUCUGACCAGGUUCAUUGACGAAGGCUGCCUGAGAGGAACGUCUAUUGCUGUCUCUCGGAAUGGGCAAUAUGUGGCCUGUGGGUCCAGUUCUGGAAUUGUGAAUGUUUAUUCCCAAGAUACCUGCCUACACCAAACUAAACCUAAACCUAUGAAAGUUAUCAGGAACCUAGUUACUGCAGUGACAUCACUAGCCUUUAAUCCAACAACAGAGAUCUUAGCGAUUGCCUCUAAGUCCACAGAUCACGCGGUCAAGAUGAUCCACAUCCCAUCUUUUACGGCAUUUUCCAAUUUCCCAGUGUCUGGACAGAAGGUUAUUUACUUGGCGCAGGAAAUGGACUUUUCCCCCAGGAGUGGCUUUUUUUCCAUAGCCACGAACCGAGGCAAAGCCUUGCUGUACAGGUUGCAGCACUAUGCUGACUUCUAAUCUGAGACUUUGAAGAAGAACCGAUUCUGUUUUGGAUAUGUAGCUCUCCAGGUACAGCCAUUACCUUUGAUGUGACACCCCAAGUUGGAGCACAGUCUCAUCAGUUGGAUUCUCCUCUACAGAGGCAGCUCAUAGCUUGGGCUGAGGGGAACCCCAAGCCUUUCAUAAAGAAAUGGAGCUCUUUGUUUCUAUGAAAUAAAUUGACAGUGUGAUGGGUUUUCAGAUUGGCUCUUGUCCCAGUCCUUUUUAGAUAAUAAACGGAAUGUAUCCAUCUAGCUGUGAUGUCAUUGUUGGUACAGUGGGGGCAUAUAGGGUCCUCUAAAAGACCAGCAGUGGGUGAGAUGGAUGUGGUACUGUAUCUGUGUUUCAAACUCCAUAUAUGUAUGAUGUUACUCGCCCUAUCACAUGAUUCACAGUGAACCAGAGCAGAGGUCUCACUGUACUGCAGCUUCGAUCUGAUCACUGGGGUACUCUUCGUCUUCUGUAAGGGAGCAACAUGUGGAUUGUACAGAGUGGAGGCUGUUAUUGAGUGAAGAUUGAUGGAGCCUUACAUGACUGAAUGGAACCCGAUGGAAGCCAAGGCCUACUUUUGUUGCAUUUUUUUUAGAUUAGACUUAGUGUGGAAACAGGCCCUUCGGCCCAACAAGUCCACACCGACCCGCCGAAGCGCAACCCACCCAUACCCCUACAUUUAUCCCUUACCUAACACUACGGGCAAUUUAGCUUGGCCAAUUCACCUGACCCGCACAUCUUUGGACUGUGGGAGGAAACCGGAGCACCCGGAGGAAACCCACGCAGACACGGGGAGAACGUGCAAACUCCACACAGUCAGUCGCCUGAGUCGGGAAUUGAACCCGGGUCUACAGGCGCUGUGAGGCAGCAGUGCUAACCACUGUGCCACCGGUGGGAGAACCUUUCGGCUCCUGUGUUGAGUGGUCUGGAACCCACUGUUUGCACCCUAAUGUUGUGCACUCUAUCUAAUGGGUAGAGGGGCUUGCCUGAAACUACUCUGCACUGAACACAGUCCAAAAUGUCAGCAAGCACUCACUAUCAAAGAAUAUUUUGUUGAAUUUAUUAAUGGCAGCCAUUUAAAAGCUGUCACUUUUUAAUUAAAACUCAUAUUAACAUAAUUAUAAUUCACUCCAAAGAAUGUUCAGAUAUAAUUAAUUAAUGCCUCAUCAC